CCCUGCAGAUGAAGCGGGCUACUGUGUUCAUAUACUGCAAAAUGUAGAGGAAAAAGUAACGUACUGUUGCAGAGCAUCACUCACGCUUCGUCUGCGCUCCAAUCUCUCUCUCCCAAAACCCUCACAAAACCCUCCUCCACACUUGGCUUGUUCACAUAAUCAAAAAUGCCUCCGAAAAGAAACCCCAAUCGCUCCAAAUCCAGCAACAACGCAGCGGUGGAGAUCGACGCCAUGGCCGACUGCUUGUUUCCUCGCGACAUUAUGAUCGCCAUUUUGACGCGACUGCCCGUGAAAUCUCUCUUCCGAUUCAGGUGUGUCUGCAAGCCCUGGAGCGGCCUCGUCUUCAACCCGAGCUUCAUAAAGCUCCACACCACUCUCUCUCUAGAAUCCCCGAGACCGAGAGCUGCUCAAACCCAUCUCCUCAACUGCCCUGUUUUAAGCGUCCACCCCAACAGGGUUGCCCCGAGCGAUGCAGCAGAUCUCUGGUUAGAUCACUGCAACGGGAUGGUUUGCAUGACCCGCCCUUCCUACACCCAAAAAAUUGUUCUCUGGAACCCUGCUACCAAUUUGUGGAAAAUUCUUCCGGAUUCCACUGUGAGGUUUGGGGCUGCGCAGAUGGUCUCGCUAGGGUUUGGUUGCAAUGCAGAUGGGGACGACUUCAAGGUGGUGAGGAUUGCGUGUAUGAAGGGAAGGAAAAUGAAGACUGUGGUUGAGGUUUAUUCCUCAAAGUCUGGUUCAUGGAGAACCAUUGAGGACGUGGGGUUUAAGUUCACAGUCAUGUACCCUAAGAAUCAUGUGAUUGUGAAUGGAGACCAGAACCAUUGA